AUGGACUCGUCAAUAGGAAUAAGAGGAAACAAUUUUGUAAUAGUGGCUGCCGACACAAAGAUCUCUACUUCCUUUCUUGUUGUCAAAGAAGACUACGAGAAGUUCCAGACAGUCGGAAACAGAAUUGUGAUGUCGAUGAUUGGAGACCAAGGCGAUGCAUUCAGAACUAUGCUCUAUGUGUCCGAAAGUGCAUAUUAUGAAGAGAUCCAGAAUGGAAUAGAGCUCAGUCCAAGUGUUCUGGCACAUAUGAUCCAAAACAAAGUUCACAAGGCUCUCCGAAAGAGGCAACUUGACAUGUCAUCGAUAGUAGGGGGAAAGGGCCCGGAAGGAUACGAUCUGUGGUCUGUCGACAGAUAUGGAGCCAUUUCUUCCGUACCCUUUUGUGCCAAUGGAUAUGCAGCGUACUUUGUGUACGGAAUUUUUGAUCGAGAGUACACUGAAGAUAUUACUAUUGAUGCUGCUCUAAACAUCAUCCAAAAAUGUAUUAAUCUAUUGAAGGAAAGGCUUAUGAUCAAUCUCGAAGGAUUUAUGGUGAAAAUAGUUACUGACGAUGGAAUCUCAACCAGAACCUUAACCCCGGAAAUAAAAAGCUAG